UGUGAAGUCCGCGCUUCAAGUAGACAAGCCAUGGUUCCAUCCUUAACAGACGCAUCUACAGAGACAUUUUGGGAGUCUGGAGAUGAAGAUCGAAACAAAACUAAGGCACUCACCAUCACUUGUGCUGCGGCAAUCCGCCCUCAGACAGUUUAUGUCCACAUUGAUAAUUGUCGGGAUCUUGGGAAUAAAGUAUCAAGUGUAGUCUUUAAGUGUGGCCCCAGUGGAGAUGACAUGGUUCUAGUGAGACAAGUUGAUAUUGAAAGCAGAUUCAGUGGAUGGAUUCAUGCAGUUCUACCACAUGAUGUAAUCACAACCAUAGUUGUGGAGCUCAGAGGACCAGAUCAGAGCGUGCGGGUGCGGCAAGUGAGAGUCCUAGGUGGUGAGGGAGGGGAAGGCUCAGGCUCAAGACCCCUGCGUCAGCAUUCUCCCCUCACUAUCCAGCAUAGGGCCUGUGAGCAAGAGACACUUAAGGUGUUCAGGUUAAUUACUGGACAGGUGUUUGGCCGCCUCAUCAUGACAGCAGAAGGUGGCAGCAAAGCUGCAGAGGGAAGUGAUGGGACUGCAGGUAACAUUGAAAAUGUAGAUGAGCAAGACCACAAUAAUGACCUCCGAGAACACAUGGUCGGCAUCCUGUUCUCACGAUCAAAACUCACACACCUCCAAAAACAGGUUUGCUCACACAUAGUGCAGGCAAUCCGCAAGGAGGCCGUGAGGGCAAGGGAAGAAUGGGAGUCAGGGCUCAACUGCGGAGGCCUGGGCACACCAGCUACACCUGAAGAGGGACAGCACAACCCCCCUGACACCUACUGCUUUGAGAUGCUGUCCAUGGUAUUGGCCCUUAGUGGCUCUGUGGUUGGCCGGGCACAUCUGGCUCAGCAGGAUCACUUGCUGAAGCACCUGCUGUCACUGCUUCACACAGGAUCAGCUCGUGUCCAGAGACAGGUUGUGGCACUGUUCAGACGCAUGCUGGCUGAUGUUCCCCCUCAGUCUCUGGCCUUGAUCUUGGGAGUAGAAGCCCUUCCUGCUCAUGACUAUGCCAUCCUACAUGCUACAUCCAAGGAUGAGGAAAACAACUUUGAUAUUCACCAACAAGGAAUCCUGGAUGUAUUCCUUGCUGUGAUUGCAAAGGCUCUCACAGUACAGCUGAAGACGAAGGGUGGUGAGGGAGGAAAAUCUGUUGCAACGCAAGGGAAGGGAGCAGUCACCUCCGUCUCUCUGGCCAGCACCAUGCCCACACCCCAGGCCAACUCCCCUAGAUGGUGGCUGCAAGGGUCAGCCACACAGAAACAGGCAGAUCUCAUCAUUAGCUUGAUAAGAGACAUGACCACAGGCAAACUGUCUGAUAAUUGGGCAAAGGUCAGCAAAGGUGCAAUUGCCGAGAAUAUUGUGAAUCUAACAAGACUCAGUGAAAGUGAUAGGUCAUGCGCAGCAUCAUGCCUGGCUACACCCACACUCUGGCUUGCACUUGCAUCCCUAUGUGUGCUCCAUCCAGACCAUGUGGAUGCCCUCUCCUCCUGGCAUCACAGGGGGGGGAUCCACAUAACCCCACAGCCAACAUGUGAAAACCAUGAUGAUGGUGAGACUCCAGCCAUGAUCCUAUGUGAGGAAUGCAGCAGCAACCUGUGUGGCGAGUGUGAUCGAAUCCUCCAUCUGCACCGCCGUACAAGGCACCAUCACCGCACUGUGUUCAGACAAGAGCAAGAAGCCAUUAAGGUGGACUUGCAUGAAGGCUGUGGAAGAACAAAGUUAUUCUGGCUUCUGGCCUUGGCUGACUCUACCACCCUAAAGGCCAUGCUAGAACUGCGUGGGGAGAACCAGAGAUCUCGUGGCUCUGUGGCAGCAUCAACUUGCAGGUUCUGUGGAGCACCAGCUCAGCCAUCACUCCUGUCUCCUGCUCCAGUGUGCCAGGAUUCUGAUUGCCAGGAAUAUAGUCGGGAAGCUUGUGUAAGAACACAUGACUGCGGCCAUCUAUGUGGGGGACUGAAGGGUGAAGCCUCAUGCCUGCCUUGUCUCCAUGGAUGUGCCAAUACUCCCUCACUUAAACAGGAUGCAGAUGACAUGUGCAUGAUAUGCUUCUCUGAGGCCCUAUCUGCUGCUCCUGCCAUUCAGCUCGAGUGUGGCCAUGUGUUCCAUGCACAUUGCUGCCGCACAGUGUUAACAAGGCGUUGGCCAGGACCACGUAUCACUUUCACCUUUUCCAUGUGCCCAAUCUGUAAGGUUCGCAUAAGCCAUGGGGUGCUGACAGAGCUGCUGUCCCCAAUCUCAGCCCUAUUUGAGGACGUCCGGAGGAAGGCUCUCAUGAGGCUGGAAUAUGAGGGCUUGCACCGAGCAGAGGCUAUUUCAACCCCAGGUGCACGGUACUACAAUGAUCCAGCUGCUUAUGCUAUGGACCGUUAUGCAUAUUAUGUGUGCUUCAAAUGUAACAAGGCCUACUAUGGAGGUGAAGCAAGGUGUGAUGUAGAAGCAGGGCUUGGUGAUGAGUAUGACCCAAGGGAGUUGGUGUGUGGGGCCUGCUCAGACGUCUCCCGUGCACAGAUGUGCCCCAAGCAUGGCACAGACUUCCUUGAAUACAAGUGCAGAUACUGUUGCUCAGUAGCAGUGUUUUUCUGUUUUGGAACAACACACUUUUGCAAUGCAUGUCAUGAUGAUUUCCAGAGAGUGACAAAUAUUCCAAAGACAGAGCUGCCACAUUGUCCUGCAGGUCCAAGAGCCCAGCAGCUGGAGGGUGAAGAGUGUCCACUCCAUGUGCAGCACCCUCCAACAGGGGAAGAGUUUGCUCUGGGUUGUGGCGUUUGUCGCAAUGCUCACACUUUUUAACGUGCCAUCAGUGAUCUGUAAGAUCUUUUAGUAAUUCUUUUUCCUUUUUUAUGGUUUCAAUAUGGAAAUGUUUUUAUUUUUUUGUUUUUCUUGUUGGUUCUUGUUUAUCUAAUGCUAUAGAUUUAUAAUUAACUUUGUGAUCAGUGGGUUAGUCUAUUUUCAUAAGACAGAGAUUCAUGUGAUUUAAUAUAUUGUAUUAAGAAUCAGUAAAUGCUUUAAAGACAAAUAUGAGACAAUGCAGAUGUGCUGUAUAUAUGAUAUAAGAUGUGCUGGGUAUAUAGAAAAGAAAUAUUGUUAUAAAGCCAUGCUGUAAUUUUCACAAGGCUUGAUAAUGAAUCUGCAUUCUUUGUACAAUUGAUUUUCCUCUUGAUUUCAUUCACCACGAUUAGGUUGGUAUUUGUUUGGGCUUUCUUUUCAACUUUUAUCUUAUUGUAAAAGAAUUCAUACAUAUGAUUAGAUAAUGGAACUAUAUGGUAUAUAUGUCUUUGUAAAUAUCUUUACCUUUGUAAAUGGUCUGAUUGCAGUAGCAUUAGUCUCUGGGAGCAGGAACUGUUGUGCUUAUUCUUGUUUUCACUCUCUAACUUAGCACAAACGAGUCUCGAACAGAAUCCCUGAGCAUUGGUUUUAUUAGAAUUUUUACCACAAUUUUACAUUUUGAUAUUGCAGUGUGGGAGUGGUUUAUAGAGCUAUAACUAGAGUAAAACACUUGAAAGAAUUGUACCAGACAUCAUCAGGGUAAAAAAAAAAUAAUAAUAAAUAAAUAAAAAUAAAUGUACAGUACAUACGAUUUUAUGAGAUUGACAAAACAUAUUUAUUGAAAAUUUAGGCAUUACAUUUUAUCUUCAAACCCAAGAUGGUCUGUUAUGUAAAAAAAAAAAAAGACUUCAGUUUGGCAUCAUAUUAUUUAGAUUGUUUUUUGUUUUUUGUUUUUUAAUGACUGAAGCCAAUAAUUUCACAUCUUUCAUGACUUGCUUGUCUGUCCUCUUGUCUUUCCCUUCAUUAGUAAGCACUAGUUAUAGUAACCAAGCAGAGAGAUUUAUUUGUGAUACGGUCACUUUGUAAUGUUUUUGGGAUGAGAGAAAAUGUUGUGCAUUUUAAUGGUUUUUUGCCUUCCAUCAAAAGGUUUUCAUAUCAUGAUAUUAAGUGUAUAUAUUUAGUUAGUGAAAGUAAUUAUUUAAGAUUGUGUAUAAAGAACUGAGAUGAUAAUUAUGAAGUUGUGAUUUUUUAUUUCUGUUUUUCACCCUUUGUGUUUUGAUACUUUUAUUUAAUACUGCACAUUUUGAGCAUUCAUAGUUAAGUUGGAGAAGUAUGUUAAGUUAUUACAUUGAAGUUUGAUAUUUCACAUUUUAAUUAAUAUUUUUUUUUAUUUCAACAUGAUUUUUAAUAUAUUUAGACACUAUUACUAUGAUGGAGAUUAUUAUUAUUAACUUCACUGUUAAUUUUUCUUUUUAUCAUUACCAUCAUUUAUCAUGAUCAUGAUCAUUACCUACACAUUAUUGCUGUUAGUGAUUCAGACAUUUCCUCAGCAUCUCCAUCAUCAUCAUCACCACCAUUUUCUUCAUAUCCAUUUUCAUUGCAGCAAUUGCUAUCCCAAGCAUAUUAGUUCCCAUUAAUAUUUUUUUCCUAUAUUGUUAAGUUCUGUGUCCUGCUUAUGCUUUAUGGGAAAAAUAUUUCCAAUGCUGUUAUAGGUCACUUGGUUGUGAUAACCUUUUGAUUGUGCUGAACAACAAAAACAAAAAUAUAUGAGAUUGUGAGAAAGGGAAGAGCAGCAAAGAAUCUAGCAUUCAUACAUUUAUUAUAGAUGCUUGCUAGUGUGCAAUUGUGCUACACAAACAGACACACAGACACAAACACACAAAAACAAAAAUAAAUAUACUUGUACAAAUAACCGUGAUUUUAUCUUUUACUCUGUAUUCAUUUUGUUCUUGAAAAGAAUUUAACUGGAUAUAGGGCAUUUGUUUGUGAGUCAGAAUUGCAUGGCAGGAUUACUUAGGUCUUUAGGGUAUAGUUAACAAUAAUUCCUAUUAGCACCAACAUUCCUACUGUGAUGUAUGGAUGUGUUAUGUUGAAGAAUCUCGCUCCCUACAUUUGUUAUGUGCACUAUGUAUUUAUUAUAGGUUAGAUCCCAGUUAUGUGCGUGUGUGUAUGCUCUUGAUGAUAUUUAUCAGUCCUGUGGUUUGUAAGAUCAGAAGAUUCAGAUCUUAUGAAUAUUGGUGUAUAUGGGUCUGUGUCACUAGGUAUUCCGCUGUACUGAAGUAAUUUGCGUUAAGCUUGACUAUUUCUCAUAUUUACAUUAAAGGAAGAAAAUCAUAGCUUAUUGUUGCUUACCUCAACAUUAUGGCCUUAUUAGUGUUGAUUCUUUCCUUAAUUAUGGUGUGAUAAGAAUAUACAAAACUACUGACAGAAAUGAAAUUCUGUAGACUACUUGAUAUUUUCUCAGCAAUGUUUAGUACUAAAUUCCGUAUGGAAAGAUAUCAUGAUAGGCAAUCAGAUAUUGGUACUGCAGGCAUAUUUUGUAUUUCAAGUACACAUUUUUGGUAUAUUCAAGUAUUAGGUGUAAUCUUUAUUAUAUGUGAUACCUUGAUAAUGUACACACAUUAGUUUUGACAAGGAAUAUUCCCUGUUCAUAUACUUGUGAAUAUGGGGUAUUGUAUGUAAAGCAAACAAUAUCUUUCUUUGCAAAAUAGAAGAUGUAAUUAUUUCAUGUGUUUUAAUAUUGUUGCAAUGUGUAUAAACAGUAUUCUUUAACUAUGAAAUGAUCUAGUCCAGGACAAGAGCAACAGGUUACUUUGGCAAUUUUAAGACAGUGAAUAAGCAUCAUUACAGUAGGUGGCUUAUUCCUCAGUUUUCUUAUUCAGUUGAAACAUUACCUGUCCGUUGAUGAUAUUCAAAUAGUAAAAUGUAAAGCACUUUAUAUUAGAUAUCACAAAGUUUCCUCUUGUAAAUGGAUUUGACAUUUAAAUAUACAGACACUUGAAUAGUUGAUCAUUUUGACCAUAGAGACAGGUUGUGCAUAGAUUUUGGAAAGUCACCUGAUGUGACAGAUAUAGCUGACAGUAAAACAUGACAAAAUGGUUAAAAGCUCAGUUCUGAUGAGCAAAUAGGCCUCUGUGGUAUUUUGUUAGAAGUUCAAUUAACCUUUUAAAAUGGAAACUUGCCAUUUUGGAACUUUUUUGUGAUUUUUAGUUUGAAUAAGAAAUUACAUAAACCUUGCCAUUAUAUAAAUUCCCUAUUGAUAAGUGAAAAUAAACUUAUACAAAUAC